AUGAGGGUUCGGGCAUGCGCAAAGGAAAAUACUGCACAUGACACAAGACGCCUCCCCCUCGAAGAGGACGGACAGAGAUGCCUACUGUGGAAGGCCGCAGUUGUCCAGACCUGUUUGGUUAGGUGGCGCGAUACCCGAUCUGUGGACAGGGCUAACAAGGAGCUUGGUUUUGGUACGGCGCCAUCAUGUUGUAUUAUCAUCGCUGCCAUCGGGGCCUUUCAUCUAGCCGCUCAUAGGGGUCGCCACUGUCUUCCCGAUGUCGCCCAGAUAGCUGCUCCGGAGCUCUUCUUAUCGAUGGCCGUUGAAGCUUCCAGUCCAGGGUUCUCCUAA